AAUGAUCUUGGUAAAGUAGAUUAAUCAUUACAUGAAUUAUUAAGAGGAAUAGAAAAGAGUGGAUGAAAGUUUGCAGAACAUCCUACUUAUGGUAUAAUUACCACAUGUCCAACAAAUAUGGGAAUCUAUUUUAGGAAAAUUCUCAAAUAUUAAAAAAGGUGGAAAAGAUGAAGCUAAAUUAAAAGAUAUUGCUAAAUCAUUAGGAUUAUAAGCAAGAGGUGUUGGUGGAGAACAUUCAAAUAUGGAUAGCGAAGAAACAGUUGAAAUUUCACCAUCUGCCAGAUUUGGUGUUACAGAGGAAAGUGUUACCAAAAGAUUGUAUGAAGGAUUAAUCAAAUUUUAUGAAAUUGAAAAGAAUGCCGCUAAUGAGAAAGAAAGAUAAAAUUGUUGCAAUACAUUUUGA